CUGGCCACACUGCCACUACUGGACGUGACUGAUUUAUUUAUAAAUUAAUUUCUCUCUAUCUGUAGCUUGUGCGCCCGCCCGCGACGUGUUGUUUUCGUGAAAAUUUGCAUCGCAUCUUUCAGCGCGUGCAGUAGUAUUGGUCGGUCGCCUCUGUGCGAGGAAAACAACGCACCGCAGAGACGCCAGAGCAGCGAACGAGAUCAGAAGCGCGAGCGAGAGUGCCAAACAAAACAUAUCUCAUCGCAACCUUGGGCGUGUGUAUUAAUUGAGCGUUCCUAUCCGCGAACCGCGAUCCGCUUUCCGCGUCGCCCCCCUCCCCCAUCCGCACCGUGUCCGCCCCUCCUCCCGCGUCCCAAGUGGAGAGGUGUCGUCGUAGCCGAUUUUUGAUUGGGAUUACCAUCGCCACUACGCUUCUGGCCUGUUUUCCGCUGGUUGCGCUGCUGUUUCCGAAGCAAACAUAACAUCUGGCGAGAUAAGGGCGCCCCUCUCAGCCCCCAGACCCCCUCCCUCGGCCCCAGCAAACGCUUUCGUUGCAAAAACGGCGCUGAACACUCAGUUAUAGUUUUGGUUCUGGACUGACUGGUCAACGACAACAGCAGGCGCCCCCGCAUCCGAGAUGAUUCAUGUGGGCGAGAAUACGUGGAACCUGCGGAUCCUCAUCACCGAUCUGCAGGUGGAGAAAACUCUGCGCGUGAAGGGCGACCAGCACAUUGGCGGCGUCAUGCUGCAGCUGGUGGACCCGGAAAUGCCCAAGGACUGGUCAGACCACGCACUGUGGUGGCCCGCAAAGAACGUCUGGCUGACCAGGACGCGCUCGACCUUGGACCAGGCUGGCGUCCAGUCGGACUCUUUUCUGCACUUCACGCCCAUGCACAAGACGCUGCGAGUGCAGCUGCCCGAUCUUCGGUAUCUGGACUAUCGCGUCAGCUUCUCAGACAAGACCUUCAAGGCCGUGGUGAGCCUGUGCAAGGACCUGGACAUCCGCUACCCCGAGGAAUUGUCGUUCAGCAAGCCCCUGGAGCCGGAGCAUCUCAAGAAGAAUUUCUCCAAGCUGCCGCAGCGCAAGAUUCCGGUGGCAGAGGCGAAUGGCAUUUCCUACUUGAAGCCAGCGCCGGACACAAACUCAUUUGUCCCGAUCACAGGAGCCUACAAUGGCAGCAAUGGCAGCCUGGACCGCUCGCACAACGGAAAUCUGCUCUGUGCGCCAGCCUCACCGUACGCAACGACACCGCGGAGGGCAGCCACUGCUCCGGGCACGCCCAUCAGCUCGCCCACGGGUACCUGGAAGCACAACUCCACUGGCUACGCCAGCUACGAUUCCAACUCUAGUUUCGGCGACUUGCAGGAGAACCUAGCAGUGUCGCCAAGGUCACCGAGUCCGGAUGUCAGAGCCCGUUUGGUCCGACCAAAGACGCUGGUGGAGAAGGCACGCCUCAAUGUGGGUUGGCUGGACUCGUCGCUCUCGAUUAUGGAGCAGGGAGUAAGGGAGUACGACACCCUCUGUCUGCGCUUCAAGUACUUCACUUUCUUCGACCUCAACCCCAAAUACGACCAAGUGAGGAUCAAUCAACUGUACGAGCAGGCCAAGUGGAGCAUUCUGAACGAGGAGCUGGAUGCCACCGAGGAGGAGACCCUCAUGUUCGCCGCCCUGCAGUUCCAGGUGAAUCACCAGAGCGAUCUGCAUCCGCCGGGCAUCGAUUCCGGCAUAGAUUCAUCAAGUCAGGAGAAUGGCGGCGACGACGACAUUGACUCCGCUCUCAACGAGCUGCAAAUCACGCUGGAGGGCCCAGGAGGUGGCAAGGAUCAGGGCAACAUCACCAGGAUACCAGAACUCUCGGACUACCUGCGGUUCCUGAAGCCGCAGAGAUUCACCCUCAAGGGCUACAAGCGCUACUUCUUCACCUACAGGGAUCUGCACCUGCACCUGUACAAGUCACAGGAGGAAUCGAGGCGCGGUGCCCCCACCAUCAGCAUCAACCUGAGGGGCUGCGAGGUGACGCCCGAUGUUCACCUGGCCCAGGGAAAGUUUGCCAUCCGCUUGGAGGUCCCCCCAGAGGGCAGGAAUGGCCCAAACAGCGAGGUCUGGGUGAGAUGUGAGAACGAAGAGCAGUACGCCAAGUGGAUGGCCGCCUGCCGUCUGGCAGCCAAGGGACGCUCCCUAGCCGACAGCUCCUACGACAGCGAAGUGAGCAGCAUUCGCUCCCUGCUCCAGAUGCAGAAGCCCGCCCAGGGAGCUCCGCUCACCAUCAAUCCCAGGAGCGUGGAGCCCAUGGAUUACCUUUCCCAGAAGAUGCUGCGGAAGCUCUCCAGCAAGGCGGUGCAGCGGAUCCUGGAGGCCCAUGCCAACGUUCGCCAGCUGCCCUUGAUGGAGGCCAAGCUGAAAUACAUCCAGGCCUGGCAAUCCCUGCCCGACUUUGGCGUCACCCUCUUCGUCAUCAAGUUUGACGGCCACAAGAAGGAGGAACUGCUGGGCGUGGCCAACAACAGGAUCAUGCGCAUGGACCUGAGCACCGGGGACCACAUCAAGACCUGGCGCUACAACACGAUGAAGGCCUGGAACGUGAACUGGGGCAUCAAGUGCAUGAUGAUCCAGCUGCAGGACGAGAACGUGGUCUUCUCCUGCCAAUCGGCCGACUGCAAGGUGGUGCACGAGUUCAUCGGCGGCUACAUCUUCAUGUCCAUGCGUUCCAAGGAGAACAACCAGAUGCUGAACGAGGAGAUGUUCCACAAGCUGACGGGCGGCUGGUCGUAAGGCAAAGCGAGGAGCGGAGGGAGGAGUGGAGUUUAACGAGUGCCAAGCACAAACCUCGUCGCAUGUUCUACAGUUUUAUCUAUAUAUAUUUACCUAGAUUAGGGUGGCUCUGAAGGUAAUCUGCGGACGAUGCUAAGCUUUUGUGCCUUGAAAACCAAAGGGUUUCGUCAGUGUCUAAAAAUGUAGGUCAUAAUUCUGUUCUGGUUUCGAAAUAACUUAAAUUGCAAGCUACUUCUUGACAGAAUUGUAGUAAAAAUUUAUUUUUAGUCGGCAUUUAUCUAAACAAUAAUUAAUUUUAAUUUUUUUUUUAUUUGGAAACCAGAAUAGACUUUUAAUAACUUGAAAAAAUCCACCCAAUUUGCAACUGAAAAUUAGUUAAAUCUUAAAACUUGUCCCUCGGAUUACCUUCCGACUUUUUACCAAACCCCAUCGAGCCACCCUAACCGAAAGCGUUGUGUGUUUAGGUGUUAAUGGAAGUGGAAUUCUAGACUAAUAACGAUCGACACGCUGAUAACGAUUAUUACGAUAACGAUGUUGUGCCUUCGCCAGAGCAAUCUUAACCCAAAACGAGUCCAAGUCAAUGUCCUGUGUUCGGUGUUCCGCGUGUGUGCCUCUUCUGUGUUGUUUGUUUUCUAACACAGCGUUAAAGUUACACGACUUGGGUCCUUUUUUAUACCAUAUUUUUUCGAGCGGACCUGCGCGACUAACCCGCAGUUUUACAUAUUGUAUAUUUAUUAAACAAAUUAAUAAGCAGAAUAAAUUAUUUUAUAUGUUUUUAA